AUGGUGCACAACGAAAAAAGAAUUGUGUCUUUAAACCUAUCACGACCUUCAGGUCCGAAUUCAACUUAUGGAUAUGAGGCACAGUACGGUCGUGGUUAUGAAUUUCAGAUGCAGAAUCCGUUGAAAAUCCAAUCCGUACAAUUAGAAGCAGCAAUACAUGGGCAAGUGGUUGUUUAUGUAGUAAAUAGUUCAGGAUCUGUUAUAAAGAAGGAAUCGCUUAUUUCGAAUAAUGCGACUAUGGAAUGGACAACAAUUCCGAUCAUUGCUGAAUUAAACACUGGGUAUUCCAUUUUAGUCUGGUCACCAAAUACGAACGGGCGAUUUUCAUACCAAAAUGGAGAUUGUAAUUUUCGCUCAGUUAAUCAAGUUUGUUCAAUCGAAAGUAAAUAUGCCGUUAUAAAUCAUGACUUAUCGAUUGGAGAGCAGGUGCAGUUGUUGCAGAAUGCAUGGUCAAUUCGAAUGAUGAUUGAUAUUGAACAAUAA